CGGGCGGAGUCGGUUACCAUAAGAGAUAAAUUGUGUGCCGGACAAUAGGAGAGCCGGGUACGAAAUUGUCCAUUACUAUUCUGUAGCGGGGGACAGUACAGGAAUCGGGUACCUAAACCCAUUAGAUAAUAUUAAUUGAAAAGGGAAAUUAAAAGGCAAAACAAAUAUGUCGACAAAUAAAGAUGGAAACGGUGGAUGGAAGAGCUUUCUGUGGAAUUCGGAAAGGAAGGAAUUUCUAGGACGCACUGGUGGCAGUUGGUUUAAAAUCUUGUUGUUCUACCUGAUCUUCUAUGGAUGCUUGGCUGGGAUUUUCAUUGGGACCAUCCAGGCCCUGCUGCUAACCCUUAGUAACUACAAACCCACCUACCAGGACAGAGUAGCCCCACCAGGUCUAUCCCACACCCCACGCUCUGAGAAGUUUGAGAUCUCUUACAACGUCAACGAUGUGGAGACGUAUCUGAAAUACACCAAGAGCAUCAAGGACUUCCUGGAGAUGUACGAUGAGGAGAGGCAGACCGACCAGAACAAGUACGAAGACUGUGGAGAAUUACCUGAAUCGUACAGGGACCGUGGUGAGCUGGAGAGUGACGCUGGAGUGAGGAAGGCCUGCAGGUUCAAGCGAACCUGGCUGGGACCCUGUGCUGGUCUGGAUGGUCACGACGAAAACUUCGGCUUCAAGGAUGGGAAACCCUGUCUGAUUGCCAAGCUCAACAGGAUCAUCAACUUCCGACCAAGGCCUCCAACCAACAAUGCCUCCGUCCCUGAAGCCGGCCAGAGCAGAGUCCAGACCAACGUUAUCCCCAUCCACUGUCAGAACAAGAGAGAGGAGGAUGCUAGCAAGAUUGGUGAGAUCAAGUACUAUGGCAUGGGCAUGGGGUUCCCCCUCCAGUACUACCCCUACUAUGGCAAGCUGCUGCACCCCAACUACCUACAGCCUCUGGUGGCCAUCCAGUUUACCAACCUCACCUUCAACGAGGAGCUGCGUCUUGAGUGCAAAGUGUAUGGAGCGAACAUUGACUACAGCGAGAAAGAUCGCUACCAAGGACGAUUUGACGUUAAGUUCACCAUCAGCAAUUUAUGACCUCAGAAAAACACACUGUUAUCUUCCCACAUUUCAAAACAAGAUGAUUUAGAAGAAAAAAAAAAGUUAUAUUAAAAACACGACUAGUCUUGGAACAAACUUUCAUAAUAUACGGGACCUAGAGUCAAUCUGUGUACACUACACUGGCUUUUCUGCAUAAUGUCUAGGGUUAGAAUGUACACUACACUGGCUUCCUGCAUAAUGUCUAGGGUUAGAAUGUACUUUACAGGAAGAGUAGCAAUAGCAACAUAUUUAUUCUACUGUAAAUGAGAAGUCCCUGAGCCAUGGGACAUGUUCAUCUCUUACUGUAAAUUGCAAUUCCACUACUGAUAUGUAGCGAGCAGUGUUUCUGUCUGUCCUCCUAAGUAUUCUGCCUAAUGUGGUUUCUAUAUAUGUUUGGAGUGUCCAGUACAGUAGUGGCAUACAGUGGUCCUUUCCAAGCCAUGUUGUAAUUUCUGUUGUCUUAUGUCAGUAAGCUUUAGUGGUCCAAGGUGUGUUUGUGUUUUAAUGUGAGUGUGUGGAUAUGUGUUAAUGUGCUCUUACUAACUGAAAAUGCUGGCAUGGUACGCUCUGAUCUCCAAGUCUGUCAGUAAACGGAUGCACUCCCCGGAA